AGCAAUUCUCAUUCACACUUCGGGGAUCUGCUGGUAACGCUGCACGGUGCUGAGACAUGGGGGCUCUGAUGAGAGGAAUUAUACUGUACAGCCUCAUACUGGGGGCUCUGGCUGCAGGGCAGGAGGAGGACAGGCCCCUGGUGGUCACACAGUACGGGAAGCUCAGAGGGAAGACUGUAGCGGUGAAGGAGACGGACAGAACCGUGCACGCUUUCCAUGGCGUCCCAUUUGCAAAGCCACCAGUUGGUCCAUUAAGACUUGCAAGCCCAGAACCCCCGGAGCCCUGGGGCUCUGUCCGAGAGGCCACAGAACAACCCCCAAUGUGUCUGCAGAAUGUAGAGAUAGUAGAAGAAUUAAUGAAGACGCUUAAGGACAGAAUUACGUUACCGCCAGUGUCCGAGGACUGUCUGUACCUGAAUAUCUUCUCUCCAGCUGACCGAGAGCAGAACGCGAGAUUACCUGUGAUGGUGUUUAUACAUGGAGGUGGCUUGACGAUGGGAGCGGCGCUGAUGUUUGAGGGCGUAGCAUUAAGCGCCUAUGAAAAUGUUGUUGUUGUCUCCAUCCAGUAUCGGCUGGGGCUCAUGGGUUUCCUCAGUUCUGGCGAUGAGCAGUUACCGGGAAACUACGGAUUCUUGGAUCAGGUGCAGGCGCUCCGGUGGGUUCAGGGGAACAUCGUGAAUUUUGGAGGGGACCCCAACUCUGUCACAAUAUUUGGGGAGUCUGCUGGAGGAGUCAGUGUCUCUGUCCUGAUGGUAUCUCCCUUAGCCAAAGGCUUAUUCCACAGAGCCAUUGCAGAGAGCGGAGUAGCCAUCAUUCCAGGAUUCAUUGCCAACUCAGUCAAGGAAGUUAUUUUUACCAGAAAUAUCGUUUCAAAUGUGUCCGGUUGUGACCAGAACAAGAUGCUGGACUGUUUCAGGACAAAAACUGAAGAGGAGAUCAUUGCUAUAGCUUCCAGCCUGAAAUCCCUGCCCCUUCCCGGGAGUAUAGAUGGAACGUUCUUUCCUAAGCCUGUAGAACAGAUUCUGGCUGAUAAGGAGACUAGCCCUGUUCCGUUUAUGACUGGCGUGACGGAGCAGGAGUUUGGUUGGAUGAUUCCAAUGGCGUUGAAUAUCAGCGGCUUUAGAGAAGGAAUGGACAGAGAAACCGCCCACAAAGUGCUAGAGAACAUCCCCCUGCUGGGUCCUCUGGUCGGCUCCACCUCUCUGCUGCUGGAUGAGUACCUGGGGGACGCCACCGAUCCCGCUGUAAUCCGCAACCGCUUGUUUGACCUGUGCGGAGACUUCAUGUUUGUGAUGCCGGCGCUUAAGAAGUCCAAAUAUCAUAGAGAUGCCGGGAAUCCAGUCUACUUCUAUGAAUUCCAGCGCCGUCCAUCAAUCUUUAAGGAUUCUAAACCAGAUUUUGUCAAAGCCGACCAUGGAGAUGAGCUGUUCUUCGUGAUAGGAGGGCCCUUCAUGCCAGAGGGUCUGCUGUUCACAGGUGCCGCGGAGGAAGAAGAGAAGGUUCUGAGUAAGACAGUGAUGAAAUAUUGGGCCAACUUUGCCCGCACUGGCAAUCCCAAUGGGCCGGGCCUCACCCACUGGCCUCAAUAUGGCCAAGAUGAAAGUUAUCUGAAGAUUAAUCUAGAGCAGGCAUCUGCUACAGGGCUGAAAGCGGAUAAGUACAAAUUCUGGACGACCUCCCUUCCCGAGAGACUCCAGGAGCUGCAGAAGACAGGCGAGGCCAAUUCUGAUCUGUAGGUGAUCCCCAGACCAUCCUAGAGAACAACGAGACCAAAAUGCACGCCAGCCGUACUCUGUAUGGGGAACACGUGCAGGUAGAAGGUUCCGGGCUCUGUAUAACCUAGAACACACCAUGCACGGAGCUGCAGGAACAGAAGAACUUCCUACUAACACCUAUUAAGCAUUUGGUUUGAUUGAUGGUCCAACGUUAAGUAUGAUACUGAGAAAUAUGAUCAAAUAACUAAUUAAAGAGAAAAAUUGUUUUAUCCGUUGUUUCAUUCCCUUCUUCACUUUAUAUCUCCUCAUGUCACUAACACAAAGUAAAUGGACAACAAGACGAAUCAUUUCUAGUUACUGGAUAUGUAGGGAAAUAGGGGAGGGGGAUAUGUUCUGCACCAGCUACUAAUUCUAAAUAAUUGCUAUUUGAAGAAAAAAGAGAGAGAACCCACGAUAAAUGUCCGUCAGUUUGAUUAGGUACUAAUUACUGGACGUUCGGGGGUGCUACCAGAGACAAGUUGAGCUAUACAAAGAAAAAGAAAAAAGGAGGAAAGAAUGUCUCUUUGCUGGCACACAGAUGAAAAUUAAAAAUGUACUUUUAAUAGAUUUGUUAAAAUGGUCUAACCACGAAAUAAAGAAAGUGCAAUAAACUUGUGUGAUAUAAUUAUCAUAUAUGGUGAAUGAAAAUAAAUUAUAAAAAUCAAGGUU